AUGCUUUUUCUGCUUCUUCUCUCGGUAACCCUUCUAGAUACUGCUCUCGGUGCUGUAAAUGACGCAUGCACUGCCGGAAGUACUCCAGGAGUAUGUUUGUCAACCAGUACCUGCUCUUCAGCAGGCGGAACAUCACACGCAGGAUUUUGUCCCAAUGAUCCAUCGACAGUGCAAUGUUGCACAAAAGCAUGUGCAACCUCAGGAAUUUGUCGCUUUUCCAAUACAUGUAGUAGCGGACUCACUGAAACUGGCUUGUGUCCCGGCCCCAGCAACUUUGUUUGUUGCUUCCCUUCCGCAACAAGCAGCUGUGCACCUCCGGCCGUAAACGCUGCCACACUUGCGCUUAUCAAGCAAUUUGAAGGAUUUGUCGCGAGUCCCGCUCCCGAUCCCAUUGGUCUCCCGACUGUUGGUUAUGGACACCUCUGCCAAACUACAAAUUGUGGGGAAGUUCCAUUUGCCUUCCCUCUCACCCAAGCUCAGGCAACGAGCCUGCUCAACACCGAUCUCAAGACGUUCACGGCAUGCCUUACAAGUGAUAUCAGUAACGAAGUUAUUUUGAACGACAACCAAUUUGGUGCCUUGAGCUCAUGGGCAUUCAAUGAAGGAUGUGGCAACGUUGGAAGCUCUACCCUGAUAUCGAGACUGAAUGUAGGACAGGACCCUGACACAGUUGCUGCGCAAGAGUUACCAAAGUGGGAUAUAGCUGGAGGUUCUGUCCUUCCAGGGUUGGUGACCCGACGGGCAGCUGAAGUGAAGCUAUUCCAGACGCCCUCCAAUGUUAUUGCUCAUCCUCCACAAUGUUAA